AUGCCCACUGCUUUUAUGGCGUCACCCUCGUUUUCUUCGAUGUGGAUCCUUUUAUUCUUUUUCGUUGAUCUUCAAUGUAACAUCAUCUUACCUGGAGGUCCAGAGUGGAUAGCUACAGAUGUUUGGGAUCGCUGUUCAUCAGUUUGCAGUCCAGGCCUUCAACACAAGGUCUAUGUCUGCGUUCAGCACGAUCGCUAUAACACCACCACCCUCCGACCGGAGAAGUUUUGUGGUUCUCUGACAUCCAAAAUACCGCCUAACGCAACUCGAGAGUGCAACUGGGGCGACUGCGAAAGCAAGACUUGGUGGAGAGCUUCAAAUUGGUCGGAUUGCUCGCAGCCCUGCGGGAACCUGGGCUAUACCACUCGUGAGGUCGAAUGCGUGAUGGCUGGGGACGAAGAUGAGAUCACCAUCAGUCACAAAUUUGAAAAUGACUUCUGCGAUCCUAAGAAACGACCCGAGUCACAAGGCGCCUGCAAUCGAUUCAACUGCCCAGCAGAAUUCCAAGCACUUGAUUGGCAGAAGUGUGAACAAAAAGACCCCUGCAAAAGCGGUCUGCAAAAACGUCUGCUGUCGUGUCGUUCGUUAACUGCUAGCGGACAGUACGCGGAACUGCCACAAAUUGCCUGCUACCUGAGUCGGAAACCACCUCCAUCGAUAUGGCGAAGGUGCUUCAUCCCCGAGAUCAGUGCUCAGUGCACACAAAACCCACCGGUCAUCGAAGAGGUGAAGAUGACGGUGGUGCAAAUGCGAGCAGUUCGCAGAAUGCGCCUCCAAGUGGGUCAAGAGGCUCACAUCUUGCCAGACACUCGAUUGUCUAUUAAGUGUCCAGUGAAAUUCUUUCCCGGUUCAAACCUCAUCUGGCAACACAGCAAACUUGGCAACUUCUCCUAUCAUACCGGUGGUGUAAGCAAUGAAACAAACCGCCGCUUCAUAAGCAAAUCUGGUAAUCUCGUGAUUCGACAUUUCUCCAGUUCAGACGAAGGCGAGUGGCGUUGCCAGGCUGGCAAAGAGGGACCCAGUGCCUCCAUUAUGCUUCACUACAACCUACCAUCACAGGGUCUAGCUGAUUGGGAAGCGAGAAAUCCGAAACGCAACACAGAGAUGCAGAACGAGGACCCGGCAGUGAUCAUGACCCGUCAAAAGCUUGUCCAGUGGGUAAAGGGACCGUGGUCUAAUUGCUCUGUCUCCUGUGGUGGUCAAGGCAUUCAAACGCGUGUGGUGCGCUGCGAACUUCUCGAUACCGGUGUCUAUCAUGUGCUGGAUGAUGAGGAGUGCAAACGGCAGUUCCUAGUGAAACCCAUAACUCAGCGGGUCUGUAUCAAUCUGCCCAAGUGCCCCAUGUGGAAGCUUCGUAAUGCCGACUACUCAGAGUGCACAGAUCACUGCGUUUCCGUGGGUCGAGGAACUUACGGUGGACAUUUAGCUUGCAUGCUGGGGGGCGUGGAGAUCCCAGCACACCAUUGCAAGCAAAUGACCAAACCCGAUAUCACCUGCGAAAACUCCUUCUGUCAGGCCAAGUGGGUGGUCUCUGAGUGGUCCAAGUGCUCCGUGUCUUGUGGAGGAACAGGAUAUCAGUAUCGGGAGCAGAAAUGUGUGUGGGAGCACUCUGGCCAAUCCGCUGGAUCUGCUUGUUACGAUGCCGAAAUUGAGGCUCCUGCUGCUGUUCAGCAAUGCCAGACAAGGCCUUGCAAAACUUGUGAGCUUUUGUCCUUUUUGCUGGCUUCAGGGCUAACCCGCUUCAGACGAAACCUCCAUAAUAUACUACUUGUCUCCAAGGCCUAUUUGGCUGCUAGAUUGACUUACUCGUGA